AUGUCCGCAUACUGCUACGAACUGUACUACGGGUCAGAAAAAGCCAUCGGUCAUGCCGAUGCAUGUAGACGUCUGCCGAUCUGGGAACCGGACAUUGACCAAUCACCUGCCUGCGAAAUCAGGGCCAUCGAGGAACUUUCACAGCCACCGUUUCAGGCCUACGAUGUCGCCUUGCAUUCCGCAAGGGAUCCCACGAAUUCCUGGGUCCUCAACUGGGACUUCUUCGUUCCCCCUGUGAUGUCUGAAAUGGAGGAGCUAAGUGAUGACGCCAUGCUUCCCCCCAGGGCACUCCAGAAUGAUGUCCCUGCGCUCCUUGCUCACCUCUCCCUGCACAGUGACCCUCAGGGAGGUACUGUAGAGUUGAGACAAAGAAAGAAGCCACAUGGUACUGAAACUGAAGAGGGAGCUCCAGAAGAGGGAAAUGAAGAAAGCAAAAAGCCAAAAAAAUCUCCAAAAUAUGUUUUAAUUCCACGUUUUGCAAAGCUUUUCUUUGGCUGCAUUGCAGCCAUCGUCAGUGGAAUGAUGUAUGCCAUGUACCUUUCAACAUACCACGAACGCAGAUUUUGGUUCUCCGGCAGGCCGGAGCUUGAGCGAGAAAUCACCUUUCAGGGUGAUAGCGCUGUUUAUUACUCAUUUUAUAAAGAAUUGUUGAAGGCACCUUCCUUCGAGAGAGGUGUGUAUGAACUUACCCGGGAUAACAGAACUCUGUCAAUGAAGACCAUGAAUGCAGUGCAAAAAAUGACUUUAUAUCCUGAGUUGAUUGCCAGUGUGUUAUAUCAAGCAUCUGGCAGUGAAGAAGUUAUAGAGCCAGUGUAUUUUUACAUUGGCAUAGUGUUUGGGCUGCAGGGGAUUUAUGUGACUGCAUUGUUCGUAACCAGCUGGCUGAUGAGCGGAACUUGGCUAGCAGGGAUGCUGACAGUCGCCUGGUUCAUUAUUAACAGGGCAGAUACAACCAGAAUAGACUACUCAAUUCCAUCAAGGGAAAAUUGGGCUCUCCCAUAUUUUGCAUGUCAGGUUGCAGCUUUUACAGGCUACUUAAAGAGCAGUACAAAUUCUUCUGCUGAGAGGUUUUCCUACCUGUUGGUGAGCGCUUCAACAUACACUUUUAUGUUGAUGUGGGAAUACAGUCACUAUCUGUUGUUUGUCCAGGCUGUGUGUCUCUUCCUGCUAGACACUAUAGCGCUUGCACAGACUGAAAAGGUACACGAGGUGUACAAAAUCUAUGGAUUUUCCGUCUUCCUGGGCUACAUUUUGCAUUUUGAGAAUCCAGCUUUAUUAGUCUCUCCACUGUUGAGCCUUGUUACUGCUGUACUGCUUGCAAAAUGCCUCCAGAUGAAUACCAAAAAAGGGACGCUUGUUUCAAGGAUGCUGAAAGUGUUUUAUUUUUAUUUGGUAUCCACAAUAACAGUGACAUUGAAUCUUGUAGUGAAGACAUUUGUUCCUCAUAAAGAAAACGAGCAUUUAAUGAAAGUUCUUGAAAUAAAAUUGGGUUUAAACAAAACAAAGAACUUCACAAUGAACUGGCUCCUUUGUCAAGAGUCACUUCAGACACCAUCCCAAGACUUCUUUCUGCGGCUUACUCAGUCCUCACUAUUGCCUUUCUAUGUUUUAGUGCUCAUCAUUUGCCUUCUCUCUGUAGGUCAGGUCAUUUUUAGGAGGAGUAGUGGUGAACCGGUCAGUGAAACAUCUACCCUUGAGAGUGGGAGGAUUGGAGAAAGGCCAGAAGUGGUGUAUCAUGUACUGCACACCAUUUCCUUGGGGUCACUUACAAUGAUGAUGGAAGGAAUGAAGUAUCUGUGGACCCCUUACGUUUGCAUGCUAGCAGCUUUUGGGGUGUGCUCCCCUGAGCUCUGGACGACCCUCUUCAAGUGGAUACGACUGAAAGCGGUGCACCCCAUCUUGCUGGCUCUAAUCCUGAGCAUGGCUGUUCCUACUAUCAUAGGCUUUAGCCUGUGGAAGGAGUUUUUUCCUAGGAUAAUGGCAGAACUUUCAGAACUGCAAGAAUUUUAUGACCCUGAUACAGUAGGACUCAUGACCUGGAUAAAAAGGCAGGCACCCGUUGCCGCUGUGUUUGCUGGCAGCCCACAGCUCAUGGGCGUGAUCAAGCUGUGCACUGGAUGGAUGGUGACAAAUCUGCCCGUGUACAGCGAUGAAGACCUGCAGAAGAGGAAUGAGAACAUUUUCCAGAUCUAUUCCAAAAGAUCAGCUGAAGAUAUUUAUAAGAUACUCACAUCAUAUAAAGCAACCUACUUGGUUGUAGAGGAUUCGAUUUGCAAUGAAGUCGGGCCUGUGAGAGGGUGCCGGAUCAAAGACUUACUGGAUAUUGCUAAUGGACAUGUGUAUUGCGAAGAAGGUGACAGCUAUGGCUAUUCAAAAUAUGGACGAUUUUGUCAGGAGAUUAAAAUGAACUAUUCUCCAUAUGUGAAUUACUUCACUCGAGUAUAUUGGAACAGGUCCUACUUUGUAUAUAAAAUCAACACUGUUAUAUCCUUCCAGUCCUGAGAAGUCACGGAGACCUUCUUGUUGAAGACUGACUUUAGGGGGCAAAAUUCUAAAAAUGGGAUGAGGUCAUUUUACAAAGUGUUCUUUUUCUAUAUUGCAUAUAUGAAUAUAGACACACACACCAAGUGAGAACAUGCAAAUGCCUACAAAUUGACCCAACUGGAAUACUGCAGACUGAGUGUUGUAUAGCAAGACGGAGAAACAUGCUCCAGGACCUUGGAAAAUACUGAUCAACGUUGCAAGAUAACAACAGUCUUCCACAUUUUCGAAUACCUCUUAUUGACAUCUUAGUUGUAAUAACCUUAUUUUUGUGCACAUUGUUGCUCUGUUUUCAAUGUUAAAGCAAUUAACUGUAUUUUUAACUAGACCUAUUUACUCUGAUAAAUGCAAAAUAAGUGACAUGUGAACAUACAGAGCAUGAUCCUGACACUAUGCACAUAUUUCUGGAGGCCUUUUGUGUAGGGGGGAUGUCUCUUUUUGCAGCUACUCCAAGCUCCUACUAAACUGCUUUUUUAAAUUCAGGGAAGUUUUAAAAAGCAGUUUGGCUUGGAUUUGUUUGGCUGAUGAAUCACAGUAGGGUCAUGGUGGAGGUGGGUGAGCACUCUCUUUACCUGACUUUUCUUAGGUGUGGCUGGUGGCUGCAGUCUACUGGCUGUUCAAGACAUUGGUAGCUCUCAUGGAUUUUUAAUGGGGUGUGAUUGUAUCCUGUGAAAUAAAUAAAUACAGCAGAUUAUGCAUCCUUUUAAUAUUAAAAAUGUCCUCCGUAAGAGCUGGCAAAUGUCUGAUUUUUUCCCCUAUAUGAAUAAUUCUAUUCCAGGUCGUGUUUUUUUGGAGACCUGCAAGUUGUAAUAAAUAGAUGGUUCAUUCUCCAAACAAGAAGAGGACCUAGAUUUUGUGGAUUUCAGCUACUUCAUGGAACUGUGUGCCUGCUUGACCCAUGACCAGUUGCAUUUACCAACUGGCCCUGUUAGCCUUGCUAAAAUAUUUUUUGGUGAAUUGGGGUUUAAAAAUCCACACACUGCAAAACCAAGCUAAUAGCUGCAUGCUUGGUUAUUUUAAAAUAAAUUAAAAGUACGGUAUAUUAAUUUGGUAUCUUUUUCUGUUCCUCUUGUUCUCUUCGGCAUCUGUCGCUUGUUUUUCCCUCUGAGUUUGUUCCUGCAGUCCUUAAACAAACUGAAGCAUUUUUCCUUUAAGUGAAGGUUUGGAAAACAUUCCCUGGAUACUUUGCAGGAAGGCAUUUUAUCCAAAGACAAGAACUGAAUUCCUCUUCAGACAUUAUGCAUCUGUCAUACGUAAAUGAGAGAGGAGCCAUGGGCAGCAAAACAUAUGUACAUAUUAAAAAACUGAGUAUGUGUACUUC